AUGGACGUGGACGGGGACGUGGACGUGGACGUGGACAUGGACGUGGACGUGGACGUGGAUGUGGUCGUGGACGUGGACGUGGACGUGUAUGUGGUCGUGGACGUGGACGUGGACGUGGACGUGGACCUGGACGUGGAUGUGGACGUGGACGUGGACGUGGACUUGAACGUGGACGUGGACGUGGACGUGGACGUCGACGUGGACAUGGACGUGGACGUCGAAGUGGACGUGGACGUGGACGUGGACGUGGACGUGGACGUGGACGUGGACGUGGACGUGGACAUGGACGUGGACGUGGACGUGGACGUGGACGUGGACGUGGACAUGGACGUGGACGUGGACGUGGACGUAGACGUGGACGUGGACAUGGACGUGGACGUGGACGUGGACGUCGAAGUGGACGUGGACGUGGACAUGGACGUGGACGUGGACGUGGAUGUGGACGUGGACUUGGACGUGGACGUGGACGUGGAGGUGGACGUGGACGUGGACAUGGACGUGGACAUGGACGAGGACGUGGACGUGGAUGUGGACGUGGACAUGGACAUGGACGUGGACGUGAACGUGGACGUGGACGUGGACAUGAACGUGGACAUGGACGUGGACAUGGACGUGGACGUGGACGUGGACGUGGUCGUGGACGUGGACGUGGACGUGGACGUGGACGUGGACAUGGACGUGGACGUGGACGUGGACGUGGACGUGGACAUGGACGUGGACGUGGACCUGGACGUGGACGUGGACGUGGACCUGGACGUGGUCGUGGACGUGGACGUGGACGUGGACGUGGACCUGGACGUGGACGUGGACAUGGACGUCGACGUGGACGUCGACGUGGACAUGGACGUCGACGUGGACGUGGACGUAGACGUGGACAUGGACGUGGACGUGGACAUGGACGUGGACGUGGUCGUGGACGUGGACGUGGACAUCGACGUGGACGUGGACGUGGACGUGGACGUGGACAUGGUCGUGGACUUGGACGUGGAGGUGGACGUGGACGUGGACAUGGACGUGGAUGUGGACAUGGAUGUGGACGUGGACAGGGACGUGGACGUGGACGUUGACGUGGACAUGGACGUGGACGUGGACAUGGACGUGGACGUGGACGUGGACAUGGACGUGGACAUGGACAUGGACGUGGACAUGGACAUGGACGUGGACAUGGACGUGGACACGUGGACGUGGACGUGGACGUGGACGUAG